AUGAAGGCCGAGGCAACAACUCUUGUUGUCGCCGAUACCCUGGCUAGAGCACAGCAGUUAUUGCAACGCCCAGUUUCCCCUACUGUUGCUGAACUUGAACAACUUAAUUCUUCCAAGGCAGCUAACGACGACAAACUGGCGACUCGAGGUACCAUGCCAGAGAAGAAAACACUUGGUCGAGGGCAUGGUAGCCGGGGCACUGGGAAAGACAAUAGUGAAGCCUAUCACCAUGCUCUCGAUGUACUUGAUGAAUUAACUAGACGGAUGAAAGAGAAGAAGAGGACUAUGAUGAGGGAAGGGACGAAACACAAUAAUAAUAACUCCAGGAUACGAGGCUAUGACUGGGCUCAAGUUGAAAGGAUGCGAAUGAACAUAGAGAAAUUAGAAGGUCAAUUGGAGGCAGACAGGGGUGCUCUAAAGCCGUCUCCAGACAAGAAGGGAGUACAUGCAGCUCGAGCGAGGAUCAGAGCUAAAUAUCAUGAGGAACGGAACACAACGGCGGCGGAAGUGGUGAAGGAGGAUUCUGAAAGGGAAGAGAGGAAAAUAUUGCAACUACAGUGUAGGGUAGCGGAAACGCUUCGGAAUGUAGGCAGGGAACGAAGGGCUCGUGUGAGGAGUGAAAGGAUUGCAGCAGAAGAGGGUCGUAGGCGGAAGGCUAUGAAUGAUGAGAAGGCUGUGAGGGAACAGCAUGCUGCUGCUCGAAGGGUGACAGAGAGAGCUCGGCAAGCUAGGGAGGACGAGGUUGCCCAGAGAGAGGCUCACCAACGCCAGGCUCAGGCAAGGCUUGCUGCGAAUAAGGCUAGGGUCACUCAUCUUAGACAACGAACCAGGGAGAGGAUGAAGAAGAAGAAGGCUAUACGGGAAGAGGAUAUACUUUCUCGGGAACAUAAUCAUCAUCAUGUUAUGAUUGAUAACGAGGAG